AUGGAAGCCAAAGGAAGUGCUUACACCCAAGAUGGCACUGUUGAUCUUCGUGGUCGCCCCGUGCUAGCAUCUAAAACUGGGAAAUGGAGAGCUUGUGCUUUCCUUGUUGGUUAUGAAGCAUUUGAGAGGAUGGCCUUUUACGGAGUAGCGUCCAACUUAGUAAAUUACUUGACAACCCAACUUCAUCAAGACACAAUCUCGUCAGUAAGGGAUGUGAAUAACUGGUCAGGAUCGGUGUGGAUUACACCAAUUCUUGGAGCUUACAUAGCAGAUACUUACAUGGGUCGCUUCUGGACUUUCACUGUCUCAUUGCUCGUAUACGUCAUGGGAAUGGUGCUUCUGACAGCAGUAGUUUCACUCAAAAGCUUGAAGCCAUCAUGUACAAAUGAAUUCUGCAACAAGGCUACAGCUUCACAAAUUUCCUUCUUCUACUUAUCUCUCUACAUUAUCGCAAUCGGGGCAGGUGGAACAAAGCCCACCAUAUCAACCUUUGGCGCAGACCAGUUUGAUGAUUUCAACCCCCACGAGAAAGAGCUUAAGGUUUCAUUCUUCAAUUGGUGGAUGUUCAGCUCUUUCUUAGGGGCUUUACUUGCCACUCUUGGCCUUGUUUACAUUCAAGAUAAUUUGGGAUGGGGAUUAGGCUAUGGUAUCCCUACAGUUGCACUUCUGCUAUCUGUAUUUAUUUUCUAUUCAGGGACACCAAUCUACAGGCACAAAGUUAGGAAGUCUAAGAACCCUGCAACGGACUUGAUUCGAGUCCCCAUUGCAGCUUUCAAAAAUAGGAAGCUUCAGCUCCCUAACAACCCCUCAGAGCUUCACGAGUUUGAGCUGCAGCAUUACACCAGCAGCGGGAAGAGGCAGGUCCAACACACCCCCAUUUUCAGGUUUUUGGACAAGGCCGCAAUAAUAAAAGAUGCCAGCGAGGACGUCUCAAGGCCACCAUGCACAGUGACUCAGGUAGAAGGAGCCAAGCUCGUAUUGGGGAUGAUCCUGAUAUGGGUAGUGACACUAGUUCCCAACACGAUUUGGGCACAAAUCAACACUCUUUUUGUCAAGCAAGGAACCACCUUGGACCGAAGCCUAAGCCCCACCUUCAAGAUUCCAGCUGCCUCCCUAGGGAGCUUCGUAACUCUCUCCAUGCUCCUUUCUGUGCCCAUGUACGACCGUUACUUUGUGCCAUUCAUGCGUCGAAGAACUGGAAAUUCUAGGGGAAUCACACUGCUUCAAAGGCUUGGUAUUGGAUUCGUCAUCCAAGUUAUAGCCACUGCAGCUGCUUAUGUUGUGGAAGUUCGGCGGAUGCAUGUCAUAAGAGAGAACCAUAUAGUAGGUGCGAAGGAAAUUGUCCCCAUGAGCAUAUUUUGGCUACUGCCCCAAUAUGUUCUGCUAGGCAUCGCCGAUGUGUUCAAUGCAAUUGGAUUGCUAGAAUUCUUCUAUGAUCAGUCUCCAGAAGACAUGCAAAGCCUUGGGACAACGUUCUUCACAAGUGGGGUUGGUGUUGGCAACUUCAUGAACAGCUUUCUAGUGACAAUGGUGGACAAAGUCACAAGAAGGGAUGGAGGGAAGAGUUGGAUAGGUAAUAAUCUGAAUGAGAGUCACUUGGAUUACUACUAUGGCUUCCUUCUGGUCAUAUCCACACUCAAUUUAGUAGCGUUUUUGUGGGCGUCAAGUAAGUAUAUUUACAAGAAGGAAGUCACAGAAGCGAAGGAGGUCGUUUAUCAUCAUCAAACGGAGGGCAAAGUAGUCAUAGAUAGGUCUCCUCUGGGGUUACAAGUAUGAAUAUAUAAUAUAAUAUAUAGGGAUGGAUGGAUGGAUGCAUGCAUGUGUGAUCAUCACCUGCAUGGUGCUGAUCUU